AUGAAGAACUUACCCUUAAGAAAUUCUUUAAAUACUACUACCCAGCAUAAUAGAAUAGUUUCUCUAUUCAUUACAACCCCAGGUGGAAAUCCUCUAACAAUAAUUCUCGAAAGUGAUUUAGAUGAAUCUACUGAUUCAAAUUUUGAAUGGUAUACAUCAGCCUGGAAACAUAAAGAUCCUGAAUAUCAGUUCAAUGAAAAUAAUUCUAAUACUGAUGAAAUAAUUGAUGAAGUAAGAAGGCAAAAUAAAAUUAUAAAAGAAAAGCUUAAGUUCUUGUCAGCUAAAUGUUUUUGUCUUUCCAGUAAAAACCAACCUAAUAACCCAUCAAACCCGACCUGGAAUAGAAGAAGAAUUACAAAAUCAAGUAUUCAGACAGGUGGAAAAGAUAAUAGGUGA